UGCAAUGCCACUGUGUGUGAAGUCAUGUAACAGGGGAUGAAAAUGGCCGCAAUACUCAAUGUAUUCCUUUUAUCUCUAUUUGUUUCCAGGACUGUGACGUACAACCAACUUGUCAAUUCCAACACAAUCGCUGUUAGUAGUACAACCUUCCCAAGUUACGUGGCAUCACGGACUGUGGACGGUAAUACCGACCAGAAUGUCACAAGUUGUUCUCACACCGGUUAUCGGAGUAGUAUUACAGAGGCGUGGCUACGUAUUGACCUUGGUACAGUCUACAGUGUCAAAUCAGUCAAGUUCUGGUACAGAGGGGACAGGGAAUCAGCUUACUACAACACAAUACGACUCCGUGGCUACUCUCUCCGUGUGUCCAAUGAUACCAAUGUACCACCUCCAGAGUCCUCGUGUUACACAGAUCCAGGAAUCGUCACACUACCCACCAUUAUAGAGGAGGACUGUGAGACAACAGCUCGUUACAUCUGGAUUUAUCAGAACAAGAUUUCAUAUUACAUUGACACUUGUCCCAUUCUUGCUAUCUGUGAAGUUCAGGUUUUCGGGUGUAACGUAGGAUAUUAUGGCGAGAACUGCUCCAAGAAAUGUGACCGUUGUAGUAACAACACUACUUGUGGAAUAGAAAACGGAGAAUGUGACGCUCUAGGCUGUUCAAACAAUGGAUACCAACCUCCAUUAUGUCAACCUUGCAACAAUGGGACAUACGGACACAACUGCCAGUUCAAAUGUAGCGGUAACUGUUUGAGAGAGGUUAUUACUAAAAUGACAUGA